CAUCUAUGGAACCUACUCACUUGGUAAGGAGGAUACAAAGAAAAAUUGAGAUAGCAGGAGACAAGAAGUUCCCUGCUCCUAGAAAAAGAAAUGCUUUAAGCCCAGAAUUCCAUAAGCAAUUUAGCGCGAUUCCGACGCCGGUUGGAAGGAACUUAAAGUCUCCGGACUGUGUUAGGUCAGUAUCACCUCUUAAGACGGAAGUGUCUGACAAUGGGACCAAGAAAUUUAACUAUAAAGACGUUUUUAACAGCACUUAUGUGAAGGACACUAGGAAAGAAUUUGAGAGCUAUCUUGAAAAGCAUGGUGGAAAGUAUAAUCCUGGUUUUAGUCAAGAGAGCCUCAUUCCUGGUCUUAUUAGCAAUGAUACUAAAGAAGGCUGGUCAAAAUUCGCAGAGAUAAUUAAAUAAAAACCCUCUGAACGAGAACGUGCCCAAAACUAUUAAAUUCAUGAAGGGAAGGAAGUUCAUAGUUGAAGCCAUUAUGAACUCGAAGCAUAAAAAUUUAUUACUUCAGAACGAGAAUGUGCUCAAGUUCUUCUGAUAUAAUAAGCUUGUUUCAAAGCAGAACGAAUCAUAUGUUGAGAAUAAGCCUCAUAAAACUCCCACAAGGCAUGAGACCAAAGAUCAUAUCACAAAUUUGAUUAAUAAUCCAGGGUUUAUACGAAAAUUGCAGAACAAAGAAUUUGAGAAAAUGAAACAAACAGAAGCAGAACUCAGAAUUUACGCUAAUGGGAGUGAUAAAACCAAAGCUAAGAUGUUCAAAAAGAAGAACAUAUUGAAAGAUGUGAAGACACUUGGAAAGGAAGUAAACAAAGGAGGAGCAGCUGCUUUGGCAAGAACUCUGACCAAGAACAUUGGAGUUAAUCAUGCAUUUGCCCAGAGGACUAUCACUAUGGGUGUGAAUAACAAUCCUCAGAAUGUUUUAAGUUUCCACUCCUCUUCCUCAAAGAAGAGAGGAACACAUGAAGUCAUCUCUCAACUUGUUAAUUUCCAACGUGAGCAAAAGAAGGAGGAAGAACUCAAGAAAAGAGGCAAUAAUUAUGACUCUAAUGAAAGUGAAUCAGAAUCUGAUGGAAGACCUCAAGAAGAAAAUCCCGCUAUUAAGAAGAGAGGUGUUGUAUGUAUCUCCAGGAUCGCUGCUCCUGAAUUUAAUACUUUUGAGGAUAUUUCUGAAACUCAAUCUGAUAACGACAGCAACGAUCAAUUCCAGAAAACGAUACCGAAACAGAAGGUCAAAAAGGAGAAGGCUCCUGGAUUUACGAUCCAUUCGACCAAUAAAGCCAAGCCGAAGUAUAAAGUGAACAAUUUAUCUAUUAAUAAUAUUCGCGCUCACGCAAUAAAGAACAAUAAUUUCCAAAAUGGAAUGAGGUGUUUAUCACCCAACCUCGGCCUCAGGCAACGGAGAAAUAUUUUGAAGACACAUAAUAAAGGUCAGUCUCUAAAGAAGAGCUUCCAGAAUAGUGAAUGAAGCGAGAAAGCUUCACCUCGGUCUGCUCAUAGGCCAAAAUCGAGAUGAAAUUUCAACCAGGGUAAUAUCCGAGUGAAGAAGAUGAAAAUGAAGAGAAAGAAGUUUGAAAUCUAACCCCUAUUAUUCUGGGGGUGGUCCAAGCAUGAUUUACCAAAAUUUGCAUAAUUAACAGUA